GAGAGGUUUGAACUAUAUAAAAGAUAAGGCGAUCUUCGGUUUGGGCAACUACUGGGCGACAUUCUGUUAACAUAUAUAAUCGUGGACAGCGUCUGACAACAUGGUGUCUCUCCUGGUCGCAUUAACAGUUUUCAGCGGAAGUGUCAUCACCAGCGAUGCCCUACUUUUCAGCAUAAUUGGACUUAAUCCACCACACCUGGAUCCAUUUUUGGCGACAAGGUGUAUUCCUUUAAGAUCUGCAACUAAUGCCAAAGUAAAAUGUGCAUACAAGGCAUCACAGCUAAUUUGUACCCAGACCUGUAACAACGGUUUUGCCCUUGCUGACGGAACUCGCACGUCGUCGCUCACCUGUGACACGUACAACAUGUGGAAAAAUGGCAUGGAGUUUCAGAUGUGCCGUGCAACUGGUGGCGGCAUGGUAACACAGCCAAGCACGGGAACACAAACCGGAAACUGUCGUCAAAUUAAUUCCGUCAAGGACUGUCCUUCUGACGGAGAUUUCGCCGCCUGUAACCGAUGUGAUCACUUUAUUUCCUGUGCACCAGAUGGCGCUUUUCUACGUCGUUGUCCACCUACUACAUUUUGGGAUGAUAUUGCUAAACAAUGUCUGACUAAAUCAAGCACCUGUAGUAUGUAAAAUGCACAUUCAUAUGUACAUAUUUUUUUUAUUUCAAGUAAUAAAUAUUGAAACAAA